AUGCUCUAUAACUCCACCGCUUCCGUGGCGAUCUCGGUUGUGCCAAGGCAGGCCGCCGAGGUUGGGACCAUCGCCAUCAUAGGCUUCGUACUCAGUAUCAUUGGUACUAUUCUGAGCGGAUUCUUCAUGGCGAAUGCUGUAAUCGGAUACGACAAGCCAACUGGUUACCAUCCACCGCCAAGGGAAUGGGGUGUGCCAUGGGAGUUUUCCCUUGCUACAGGAAUGGAUGGUGCUAGCAGAAAUGGGAGUAAGAAGCUUGAGGGAGCAGGGGGCCCAUUUCCCACUGUGCAUCUGUUACCAUCUCAUUUCACUUAUCACUGCACAUUGUCCCCGGUCAUCUUGAUACCAGAUCCCGCACGUGCGACUAACCUCAUGACCGGCAGCAAUGACAACGGCAUCUACUUGGGCAGUUCCAAAGACCGCAACUUGUACGCGAUGCCAAAUAGAGCGCUCUCCCUUGAGAUUUUCCCAAACAAUGUCCACAAACACGAGGGCCAAUUUGCGACAUUUGCUAUACUAGCAGCGAAAGGCAAUGGCAGAGAUCCAAUUUGCAUCGUAGACAUGGGCCUUGCCAAACCGAACUACCAUAGUGGAGUGUACCGCAAGCACACCAACGGUUCAGCGCCAUGUUUUUGGCUCGGUGGAUAUGGCGUACAAGGCCUACAGGUGCAUCUGCCAUCGCAUACUCUCGGACAGACUUCAAUCCCCCUGGAAGAUAUCAAGAAGACCAAUGAAAGCUGCCACGACUACUUCUGCGGCCGUCCCGCAGUCCUGAGCCUCUGGGACACACUACCGGAGCAGCACAAGGUCCCCAAGCUCCUCGUUACCGACCUGCAGAAGCGGUCCGGGAGGACGAUCAACGACACCAUCGCGUUGCACAAAAAGAAUAACCUGAAGGAGCCCGGCACGGGGAGCCUUGCUUCUCGUGGCAUCCCGGACCCCCAUGAGAACACCGUCACCAUCGCUCACGAGUUGGAAGGUCUCUCGGCCAUUGCCCUCUGCGAGAAUGCGUUGUCAGUGGGCCCGGACUUUGUCAAUAUCCCCGAGGGCAAGUUCUGCCGCAUGUCAGAUAAGACACUGUGGCCUACCUGCGACGACAAGACACAUGUGGGCCCAAAGGAUGAUUGCUUUGUGGUUGAAUCGAGACAGCUAGUUGUGGGGGGCAAGGUGACGCGCGGCACGCCGUACAGGAAGGAAGUACACUUCCCUCUGGUGGACUAG